AUGCCCGAGAAGAAACGACAGGAAUUUUGGCAAGCACUUCAUGAUGUUGGUAUUUACGACGAUCCGAAUGAGGCGUUCUCGUUGAGUGAGUCCAGUGACGCGGAUGAGUAUAUGGGAAAGCAGGGCAACACUGAUUCGACGUUCGCGUCGCAUGGUGAAGUUGUUGUGAAGAAGUUGGGAGAACACUGGCCUGAAUUCGUCGAAGCUUGGCGUAAAGACUUCGUUACGUUUAUGCAGCCGAAGUUCCUCCCCGAGGACUGGUCGCCCGAUAAGGACUGGCGAGCAGUGUCCGAGGUGGAACUAGAGGCUGAGAGACGUGUGAUGUAUGCUGAGCAUCUGCGGCAUCUUGGAAAGGAGGUUCCGAUCAAUGACAAACCGAUAAGACCAGCCAGGAGAUGA